UCUCUCUCUCUCUCUCCCUCCCCGCCCCCUAUCUCCACACCACCCUGCCACCUCCCUGCCUCGCGAUGGCCGACACAGAUCCCGCCCUCCUUGCGCGCCAGCUGGCCCUUGUGGCCGCCCGAUCGCCGCACGAGCCCGGCUGCCUGGAGUUCGUCCUGUUCCACCUCGUCCGCCCGGAGACCGGCGUCCAGUGUGUGGACAUCCUCGGCGCCUGGUUUGACGCGCACCCCGGCGACGCCGCCCUGCGCCAGCAUCUGUUCAUCGACCUCUGCGGCUGCAUCGCCACCUUCAGCACCCUUUUGCAGCCGCGCACCGCCGGCCAGCCCUCGGCCGCCUUCCUCCUGCCGCCCAGCGUGUGGGAUGUUCUCCUGCGCAUGGGGAUGGAUUUGCCCGAGGCGAGCGCCGGCAGCCGGCCAGUGCUGGACGCCUUUGCCGCGGCCCUCCGGGAGACCCCGAGCUCGUACGGGGCGCUGGCGCGCGCCCUCGCCAGCACCGCGCCCCCCCAGGACAGCCCACUUCCCCGCCUUGCCAGGGCCUUCGUCCAGACGCUAGUCGGCAACAUGGCCCCCCGGGCUGCGGAUGCCCUGCGGGUUCUGUCCCUGGAAGCCCUGUCGGACUUGGGCGCGCGACUCCCAGCCCCGGUGGUCAUCGACGAGAUCCUCCUGCCGAUGCUCCACACCGCCGGGCUGAAGUGGGCCCGGUCCGAGGCCCCGGGCCCGGGCCCGGGCCCGGGCCCGGAUGCGCCCUUCCACCUGUCGGCGCAUGGCUUGGCCGUGGACAUGGCCCCCUACAUGCGCCUGGUCAGCGAGUGCAUGGCGCGCCUGGACCAGUGCCAGGGCAUCUGCCAAGACGACUUGCUGGCGGCGCUGCUGCUGGCCGGGCGCACGGCCGCCGGCCCGGCGGCGCCGCUUCUGGCACACGUUGCGGGUCUGCUGAUCCCACCGGCCCUGGCCCAUGCCGGGGGGGAUGCUGCGCCCCUCCGCCGGCCGGCCCUGGUGUGCGCCCUGCUGCUGGCACUGGACCAAGCGGCCGCCGUGGCCAUGCUGCUGGCCCGGGCUGGCCCGAGCUUGGAGCGGCUGCUGGGCGGCUCGCCGGCCGGGCAAGCCACCCCCAGCGCCCUGGCCAACCAGGCCCUGGUGGCCAUGUCGCUGCAGGCACUCGGAUACCGGUGGCCUGGCGCCCUGCCGGAUGGCCUGGCCACCGCAGCCAGCCUGGCCCUGGACCGGCUGCAGGCCGCCGGGCCGGACGCUUUGUCGGCUGCCGCCGAGGCGGUCGAGGCACUCGGCGCCGCCGACGCCGAGUGCCCGGAGCACCGGGCAUUGGCCCUGCUCCGGCGCUUCGCCGGGCUGGGACUCCGCGCACUGGGGGCCCUGCCGGUGGGGGAUGCCGCGGCCGAGGUGGAAGCCCUGGGCCGCAUGGAUGCCGUGCCCGGCUGGUGGGCCGCCCCGGUGCUGGUGCACACCGCUCGACGGUGGCUGGCCACCGGGGCCGGGCUGCCGGGGCCGGACUUCCAAGCCGGCCUGCAGGCCCUGCUCGAGGCCCUGGCGGAACUCCUGCCCGAGGGCGACAUGGCCCUUGCCUGGGCGGUGGCCGAGCUGCGUGGGAUCUUUGCCGCCGGCCGGCCUGGCACCCGGGCGACCGUGCUGCAGGCGCUCUUCCACCUGGGAGGCCGGUCUGCCCGGGCCGGGGCCCUGGUCGAUGCGCCGCUCAUUGAUCUGGCGCACGGGGUGGCCUGUGCCGCCGGUGGCGCCGGCCGGCCCGGGGACUUUGCCCUGGGCGAGCGCCUGCAAGCGGCGCUGCUCCUCCGGAAGAUGGCCCUGUGCGGGCGUCUUGGCCCGUCGCCGAAGUUCCUGUUUGCCCGGGCGGUGGCUCCGCUGCUCGGCCCGGCGGCCGGGGCGCCUCCCCUGCCGGCGGCCCUGCGCGCGGUCUACUGGUCCUGCCUGGCUGCCCUGUAUGGGUAUCACUCGGCCGGCCCCGGGCCCGAGGAGGACCCGGGCCCCGGGAUCCGGGCGGCCCUGGCGGCUUUCGGCGGCCCGACGGCCGGCCACCCGGAGCUGGACCCGGCGAUGCUGCUUGGCUGGCUGGCUGAGAAUGCCCUGCCGCGCGAUCUUUCCGGCUGGGAGGAUCCCACCCUGCCGAGUGUGGUGGCUCUUUGGACCGGGCUCCUCCGGCCGGGGCUGCUGGGGUCCGGCCGGUCGCUGGCCGCCGCCCUGCGAGCCCUGCCCCCGGUCGAGGCGAUGGCCGUGCUGCCGUGGCUGGCGCUGGUGGCCCGGGCCACCGAGUGUGUCCUGGCCAAGAUCACCACCUGGGCCUCGGAUGGCCACCUGCUCACGCGGGCCGAGCUGGUUCGCCUGCAGGGGGAGGCUCUGGCCGCGGUCACGGAGCUGGUCAAUGCCGCGGCGGCGGCCGACGACCGGAGCCCCGCCACGCCGCUCCUCAUCCUGGCCGGACUCCGGUGCCUGCUGGAUGCCGGGGUGGUGGUGUACGGGUCGCGCCUGGCCUCGGCCGGGGCCCCGCCCAAUGGGGCACAGUCGCUCCUGGCGGCGAUGAUGUGCCCGGCCGAUGAUCCGGCCGCGGCCGCCAGUCCGGGGCAUUCGGUCCUCUUCUUUGACCGGAGCGAGCUGUCGCGCCUGCACCUCCGGGCAACUGCCCUGCCGGAGCCGGUGGAUUGCCUGCGCGUGGCCCUGGGGCCGCGGCAGCUGGAGAACCUGUUCACGGUGCUGGCCCGUGUGCCGGGGGCCGUCGACCCGGGCACCGCCCCGCUGGCUGGGCUUUUUGCCUUCCAGGCAGUCCUGGCCGCCGUCCAGGGGGCCGUCCAUGAUCUGACCGGUGAGCUUCGCGGCAGUGCGGCCUUCGACCUUCGACUCGACACCUGGCCCCAGGGCAAUGGAGCCCAGCGCAUCCGCGGCACCCAUCCAGUGGAGGCGCUGCUGAACCGGGCCCUGUCGGGCGAGGCACCGGCCGACUGCCCGGCCGGCCUCUUCCGUACCAUCCUCGCCCGGGCCCUGCUGGCUCGGCCCAUCAAGGCCCCAGUUGCCUGGCGGGAGGUGGAUUUCUCGCCGCUUCUGGCUUGA